AAUGACUGUAUAACAUAGAGGGCUAUGAAAAUCGAUUUAUGCGCUGAAAUAUAACUAAUUAAUUAGGAAUUGUUUUAUAAAAUUAGCGAAACUUAUUAAUAAUUAUUAUAUUCUUUGCCAUAAAAACACUAUUUUUCAUUUCAAUGUUAUUUUAUAUAUUUUUCUUGUUUUCAUUGCAUUUUUAUUCAAUUUUAUUUCAAUCCCAAGGAAUUCAAAAAAGAAGAAUUGGAGAGAAUAUGUCCGCGAUAUCUGAAAUGGAUUAAAAGGGUCACCGCUUUUGACUUCAGCAAAAGAAAGACAGUUGCAAAGAUUGAGCGCUCGAUGCCUGCGAGUUAUCGUUUGGAAAAUCUGCAAAAAACACCCAAAAAGUCUAAAUCAAUAUUUUCACGGAUUAGAAAAGGAGGCGUUAAUCUGAGGGUCAGGUGUCGGACAAGUGCUGACCUGUGGAGGCGUUGGAUUAGGGGUGGGAUUAUGUAUAACACAGAACUCAGCGAAAAGGAUGAGAUAGAAAUUGAGGAACAGAAAAGCGACACCAAAAUUAUUAUUGAUCAACACAUUGAUAGUAAACCUAAUGUUGAGAAUGAGUCCAAAACAGAAACAACUAAAGAAACAAACGAGAAAUUAAUUGAGAAGACGACUGAAACAAAUAGCAAUAAAACAGAAACUAUUGAUAAUAAAAGUGUGGAAACAGAAGUGAAAAUUGAGGAAAAAGUAUCGACAGAAACAAAGGCUGAAGAGAAGAGUUCUGAUGUGAAAGAACCGGAAGAGAAGGCAUCCGAUGGAAAGGUUGUGUCAAAUGAGAAGGAAAAGCAAGAAAAUAACGAUGAGAUAAAAGUGCCCGAAGACAAGCCAUCGAUUGAAAUGACAACUGAGAACCAAAUUAUUGACAAUAAUGUAGAAAAAAUUGAAACUAAAACUGAGGAUAACAUUGAAGACAAAACUGAGGAUAAAAUUGAAGUCAAAACAGACGAAACAAAUUCAGAAAAACCCGAAACUAAAAUUGAGGAUAAAAUUAAAGACAAAAUAACAGCAGAAACAGACGCUAAGAGUGUUAAAGAAGAUGUGAUUGAAGAGAAAAUUGCUGACAAUAAGGGAUCCGAAGAUAAUAGCGAUGAGAAUAUAUCAGUCAAAAAG